AUGGAGGGGACGGUUGCCUUGCUGAAGACGUCUCCAGUUCGAGUCGGUGAUAACGUCGAUGACUCAACCGUGUACUUUCAUCGUCUUUUCUGGACGUUUUCUCCUUGUGUUGAAGCUUUCAGACACUGCAAAGUGCAAGCCAUUGAUCAGCAUAGACGGUACUCAUCUAUAUGGCAAGGGAUACUAGUCAUCUCAGAUAGGCACAACGGCAUCAAGGCUGCACUAGAAAACUCUAACAGUGGGUGGUUACCCCCGCAUGCGUACCUAGCAUUUUGUAUUCGGCAUGUUGCAGCUAACUUCGCACUCAGUUUCAAGGGCACGGAUGUAAAGCGUUUGCUUGUGAACGCUGCUUAUGUGAAGACUGAGGCAGAGUUUCAUUAUUGGUUUGAUAUAAUGCGGACUGAGAAUCUGACAAUGUGUGAUUGGGCGAACAAAAUAGAAUACGAUAAGUGGACUCAACACCAGGAUGGUGGCAGACGAUUCCGUCACAUGACGACCAAUAUAUCUGAGUGUGUUAAUUCUGCUAUGAAGGGUACACGGAAUCUUCCGGGGACCGCCCUAGUGAAGUCCACAUAUGGUUGGCUAGCGGAGUUGUUUGUGAUUCGUGGUCAGACGACAGAGGCUCAAUUGGCCAGCGGUGUCAAGUUUUGCCAGUCUUUUAUGAAGGCGAUGAAGCGCAACUUGAAAGACUUCAGAUGCUUCACUGUCACCCUGUUCGAUAGACACCAGUCUGAGUACACCGUUGCCGAGACGACACCAACUGGGAGCUUUUCACUUGGGACAUACCAAGUUUCCUUUCAAGAUCGUACAUGCGACUUUGGAUACUUUCAGGCUCUCCAUUAUCCAUGUUGCCAUGCGAUUGCAUGUUGUGCCCAGUCACGACUUGACUGGUCUAUCUAUGUCGACGAGGUCUACACCAUGCAGAAGGUGUUCAGGGUGUACCAGAUGGGUUUUGUGCCGCCAAUACCCGGAGGGACUUUGGCCACGUUGUGA